GAAGGCCGGCGGCUGCGGGCACGAGUUCUGCUGGCUCUGCCUCGGCGAGUGGUCCACCCACAGCACGGCCACUGGCGGGUACUACCAGUGCAAUGUGUACGACAGGGCGGCGAAGGAGGGCAAGUACGCCGAGGAGGAGCGGGGCCGUCUGAAGGACAAGCAUGCUCUCGAUAAGUACAUGUUCUAUUUCGAGCGCUUCAUGGACCACGAUCGCGGCAUGAAGCUCACCGUCCGCGAGGAGCAGGACAUCGAGGGGAAGGUGCAAGCCCUGCACGACAACCACGGCUUCGAGAUCAUCGAGCUCCAGUUCUUGUACGACGCUCUCCGGCAGGUGCGCGUGUGCCGCCGGGUGCUGAAGUGGAGCUACGUGUUCGGGUACUACCUCGACGAGGACGGAGCCGAGAAGAACCUCUUCGAGCACCUGCAGAAGGGCCUCGAGGAGCACACGGACCACCUCCACGAAAAGCUCGAGAUGGACUUCGACAACCAGUUCUUCAACAAGGAAGAGCAGACGGCGCUAUCGUCGGAGGAUGCCAAGGCCCGGUUCAUGCAGUUCAGGAGCCACGUCACCAACUACACCAACGUGACCCAGAAGUUCCGCGAGCAAAUCCUGACCGACCUCGGCCAGGGCGGCCGCGGGCAGCUCACCGGCGUCGCCCCGCCGUCCUCCAUGGACUACAGGCUGCUACGCGACGGCACGCCCAGCAACCUCGUGCUUCCCCACCUGCUGUGCUCGGAGCUGCAGUGAAGAGAGACGGCACACGACAUGCCCGCAGGCCUGGUGCGUGUGCCACAGCAGCACGCCGAUAUAACUACGCCGAUGGGUCCCCCACGGCGGCGUGCCCUGGAUGCUGCGCUGCCCUCCCCCCCCCGCCGUCGCCUCCCUCGCCGUCGCGGCGGUCGCUGCCGCUGCGCUGCCGUCGUCGUUGCCGU